UCAGCGUCGGAGGAUAAUACGAUUAAGAUCUGGGAUAUAGCUACAGGCAACUAUACAGCGAAGCUCGAGGCACACCACGACUUGGUCUCCUCGGUCACGUUCUCCUAGGAUUCAGAGAUCCUCGCGUCGGCAUCGCGCGAUAAGACGAUCAAGCUCUGGGACGUGGCAAAGGGCGGCUGCAGGAUGACGCGCGGGACCUCGAGGGUUGUGCAGCGCCUUAGCUUUGAUAUAGAUUGUUCUUAUCUCCAUACAAAUGUCGGCAUAUACACAAUAUACAAACCGUCAUUGUCGCCAACAGGUCUGUCGGCGACAUCUAUGCCGGCGUCUGUAUCAAUGGCAGCGCCUGGUCCCUUUCCGCAACACGUCAAUCGUUGGAGGGACGGGUUUACCGAAGAUAAGGCGUAUGUACUAUGGCUGCCGCCGAUAUACCGACCGGGAUGGUCGGAUGCACAAGGGUCGACAUUGGCUAUCGGAUGCCCGACCGGGCAGGUCUUCCUUUUAGCGUUCUCGCAUUGCCCCAAAAAGCCAGGGUAUUAUGGUCAGCAGGUAAUCUGCCAGGUCCGUGUCCUCCG